AAAUUUUAUUUUAAAGAUCGAUGACCUUUGGUAUCACGAGGAUGGAAGGGAACUUUAUAGUCCGGAUGGAUCCACAAUAAUACCAGUCUUCGUUAUAUAAUCGCAGAAGACACUACUGUGUUUUUAAAAUAAGGAGUCAUGGGCUUCACAAAAUUUUGGAUUCUUGUGGUUUUCGUAGUGUGUUUCGAACAAUCCAGCAUCGCAAACCACGUCAAUGUACUCGGCAAGAACGAUCCUGGCAGAUCAAGACCGAAAAAAUCGGUUGAUGCUGAAAUAUAUGUUGCACUUCCGCCGGAUAACAUUAAGACUGGCAAACAAGACGGCCCUCCGACGUUGAUACGCUUGGAUCCAAAUUCUCCAAAUAAGUUCAAGGGCAAGUUUCCGACACCAAUCGAACGUUUUAUACAGCGCAUACAAAACUAUUUUUCCGUAUAUAAUCCACCGGAGUACUUGAAUGACUUAAGACCCGGUAUCAAUAAUCCGGAAGACGACGGGUACCAGCCGUUAGAACCGUCGAACAAUACACAGGUAAUACUACCAUGUAACGGUACGAGCACGAUAGUGAUCAUUCCUGUGCCGUUGGAAAAUGAAAACGUUUCUUCCGAUCAAAAUGCGUAUCCAUACAAACCUGACACUUAUAUAAUAGCGCCAACGACAUCAAAACCGAAUUGCCCGGGAGAUGUAACUACAACGAAACCGAAAUGUCCUGAAGUAGCAACACCGAAGCCUAACUGUGUGGAAGUUACUACUCCAAAACCUAACUGUCCGGAAGUGACCACUCCAAGACCAAAGUGCCAAGAAGUCACUACUCCAAAACCAAAUUGUCCGGAAGUGACAACUCCAAAACCAAAUUGUCAGGAAGUGACAACUCCGAAACCUAACUGUCAGGAAGUGACAACUCCGAAACCUAACUGUCAGGAAGUGACAACUCCUAAGCCUAACUGUCAGGAAGUGACCACUCCUAAGCCUAACUGUCCGGAAGUAACUACUCCAAGACCAAAGUGCCCAGAAGUCACAACUCCGAAACCGAAUUGUCCGGAAUCGACAACUCCAAAACCCAACUGUCUGGAAGUAACCACUCAAAAACCUAUAUGUGCGGAAGUUACCACUCCAAAACCUAACUGUCCAGAAGUGACCACUCCAAAACCGAAUUGUCCAGAAGUGACCAGUCCUAAGCCUAAGUGCCCGGAAGCAACAACUCAAAAACCACCAUGUCCUCCAAAACAAAUUUCAACAGCAAGUGAUCCUAAACCUAUAUCUGGAUACGGACCUACUGAAGCUCCUUCACUGAACUUAGUAGCUCAGCCCGCUCUUGGAUCUACAGUUCUUUAUUUUUACAAACAACCCACAACAUUACCACCCUAUAACCCACCUGUUUAUAAUCCGCCUGUUUAUAAUCCACCGGCUCCCGCAUAUUACAUACCGAAUACUCAGUUACCUUACGAAGAAACCACCCGAAGACCCAAGCCGCCUAUCUUACGUUUGAAACAGUUACUAUUCCCACGUCUAUAUGCAGCGUUUCAUCCUGACGACUAACGAGUGAUGAAUAUUUGAAAUUUUAUUAUAAUGUUGUGUUCGACGUACUCCUCACGUACGACUACCCUUUUCUGAAACCUGCUCUGGCGAUAGCUGUAAUCUCCACGCUGAAUAUAUUUGAAAAAGAAAGUCCUUUCAGUCUACACGCGACUCUCGUGCGAUCGUGAUACAUCCUCUGCUAUGAAAUAUUGUAAUUGAAACAAAUCUGAAUACAUGUUUUAGUUAUUGUUUACGUCUUCCAGGGAAUAUUUAAAAAUAAUUAUUAAAAUUAAACAUAAAUAAUACAAAAUUAAUUUAUCUCAUAAAAAACAACAUGAACGGACACCGGAUAAACAAACUUUACUAUUGUGUAAGUAAUAUUUUUUCAUUUAUAUACCUGCAUGUACUUACCUCACAUCGAUAUUUAAUGAAUUUUUAAUUAUGUAGGUAAUAUAUUUACUUUUAACAGAUAUACCUAUAUGUAUUUAUAUUUUAAAAAAUAUAAAAUUAUACCUAUUAUAUUUGAUAUGGAUUUAAAAUAAUAUACCUAUAUGGUAUUUUUUUCGUAA